GCCAAACCAGACCAUUCCUCUCUUCUUAGGAUACUUAUAAUUUCACCUGUCGUGAUAGCUGGUUAAAUCAAGUGUGAGAUAUAUUUUACCAUUCUUCCAAAUUUACUUCAAAGUCCACCGAGCCUGACUCCCGCCAGGCCGACAAGAAACGGCACUCUUACAAGACAUACUUCUUCUUAUAACUACAACUACAAUUCCUUCCACCUCUCCAAUCCAAAAUGGGAGGCUCCUCAAAAAAGGCGGACGACAAAUACGUCAUCCCCUCCUGCUUCACCGACACCCACGGUGUAAUCACAUCCACAAUGAACGACCUCCCCGGCUACAAAGUAACCAAGAUCCUCGGCACGGUCUACGGCAUCACAGUACGCGCCCGCAACUGGGGUGCAGAUAUUGGCGGGGCCCUCCGUACAGCGGUUGGCGGCGAGAUUCGGAUUUUCACAAAUCUGAUGUAUACCUCGCGCGAGGAGGCGAUGGAGCGGUUGGUUGGGGAAUGUAUGAGUCGGGGUGGGAAUGCGAUUAUUGCGGUUAGGUUUGACGUUGCUUCUUUUGGGUCUUGUUCGCAGAUUUGUGCGUAUGGGACUGCUUGUUUGGUUGAGAAGGUUGAGGAGAGGUGAAGACAACGGAGAAUGAAUGAUUUAAUGGUUUUGGACAUGUAUAGUGAACUUCGGCACGGGAAUGGUGAAGGCAGGUUAUGGAUUUAUUGAAAAUCUAAUCACAUUACGAAUUGGGUAUCAUAGGAUUCGCCUAAUUAUAUGUAAGAAAGUGCGAUUCUUUUCUCUGGCAACUGUAGCACAAGAAGCAAAGGGGGGAAAGAAGAAUAUUAGGCUCAUUAUAGUCAUUAGUUUCGAACGGUGAUUCCGGAG